AUGACAGAUGAAGAUAGGCUUAGACUUUAUGAAAAACAUUUUAAGAAGUAUACAAUGGCGUGCAAGACAUUGGGUGGCGCCUGUCAUUAUCUCAAUCGACAUUGGGUUCGACGCCAAUAUGACCAGGGCAGAAGAGAUGUUUAUGAAAUUUAUGAGCUCGCUAAUCAAAUUUGGAAAGAAACUUUCUUCAAACCAAUAUUUCCAAAUAUAAUACAAACAUGUUUAAAUUUGAUCAAAGAGCAUCGUAUUAAUAAAUUAUCUAUUGAUAUUGAAACGAUUAAAAAGAUUAUUGAAAUAUAUGCGGAUGAAAAUUUCAAUAAGGAAAUAAAGGAAUCAAUAGAUAAAGAUUCAACAAGUGAACCAAUAACUGAUAUUUAUAAACAAUAUUUUGAGAUUAAAUUUGUUCAAGAUGCAGAAGAUUUUUAUCGUCAACAAAAAAUUCUAUGUCUCGAAUCAAAUUCAAUCAUGAAAGAUCUUACUCAAAUAUCAACAAAUUUUGAUGAAGAAAUAAAUUUUGCCAAGCUUUUCUUACCGAAAUUUAAAUCUACAUUUCAAAUGCUAAUCAAUAAAUUAGAAGAAAUAUUCCUUCCUGAUCAUAAUGUAAAUCUUAUUAAAGACAAAAUGGAAACAAUUGUAUCAGCUGAGAAUAGCCAAGAAAUCAGACAUUUGUGCGAACUAGUUCGUCAAAUUCCAAAAAUUAAAAGAGAAUUGACACAAUUGAUCGAAAAUCAUAUUUAUCAAUUUGGUAUAAAUACUAUUGAAAAAAUUAGUGAAACUGCAAUUAACGAUCCAAACUUGUAUAUAGAAACAAUAUUUGAUAUUUACGAGAGAUUUGUCAAACUCUUUUGUACGGAACCAAGUUUCAAUAUUGCCUUAGAUAAAACUUGUUGUAAAUUUAUAAAUAAUAAUGCAGUAACAGAAAAAUCUGGUACAACAACAAAAUCAGCUGAAUUAUUAGCUAGAUAUUGUGAUGCACUUUUAAAAAAAGCGUUUGCUACAUUUGAUUCAAAUCUGAUUAAAAAAAAUUAA